UACUCGAUCGCCAGACCGACACACAGCCACUACCACUCCACCAUGUACAAGCUUCUGAUCCUGUCCGCGCUGGUGGCCGCCGCUUCCGCCGGCUACCUGGGAGGCUACGCCGCCCCCGCCUACGCCGCCCCCGUGGCUGCGUACGCCGCCCCCGUCGCAGCCGUGGCGCACGCCCCCGUGGCUGUGGCCCACGCCGCCCCCGCUGUGGCCGUCGCGCACGCCCCAGUCGCCUCCUCCGUGGCCAACACGUACAGGAUCUCGCAGACUGCACGCCUCGCCUACGCCGCCCCCGCCGUGGCCCACGCCCCUGUCGCCUACGCCGCCCCCGCCGUGGCUCACGCCCCCGUCGCCUACGCCACCCCCGCCUACGGCUAUGCUCGCUACGCCGCCGCUGCCCCCGCUCUGGGCUACGGAUACGGAGCCUACGGCUACGCCGCCCCCGCUCUCGGCUAUGGUCACGCCCUCGUCCAUUAA